AUCAGGCCCAGAGUGCCAGGCUCACGCCGAGGAUCGAGAUCUUGGCCGAUAACCGGGCUCCAGAAAAGAUCCAGGAUGAACAGCGGGCAAGAGGGUUAUUAACAUGGCCCAGGGCUUGAUUGAAGUGGAGCGAAAGUUUGCUCCAGGGCCUGACACGGAGGAAAAGCUGCAGGAGUUGGGGGCCACCCUGGAGCACCGGGUCACCUUCCGAGACACGUACUAUGAUACUUCUGAGUUAAGCCUUAUGCGGUCUGACCACUGGCUGCGUCAACGAGAAGGUAGAGGAUGGGAGUUCAAAUGUCCUGGAGUAACAGGUGUCUCAGGACCUCACAAUGAGUAUGUGGAAGUCACAUCGGAAUCUGCAAUUGUGGCCCAGCUCUUUGAACUGCUGGGAUCUGGGGAGCAGGAGACUGCAGGUGUGGCUGCUGUUCUGGGCCCAUUGAAACUGCAGGAAGUAGCUAGUUUUAUAACUACGCGAAGCUCCUGGAAGCUGGCCUUAUCUGGAGCCCAUGAACAGGAGGCUCUGCUCACAGUGGACUUGGAUUCAACGGACUUUGGCUAUGCUGUGGGUGAGGUCGAGGCCAUGGUGCAUGAGAAGGCUGAAGUACCGGCUGCCCUAGAGAAGAUCAUCAGCGUCAGCAGCAUGCUUGGAGUGCCAGCACAGGAGAAGGCACCUGCCAAGCUCUUGGUCUACCUACAGCGCUUCAGGCCUCUGGACUAUCAGCGCCUGCUAGAAGCAGACAGUCCCAGCGAGGCCACAGGGGUCUUGGCAUCCUGACAGCAGUGUUCACUUUCUUAAAAGGGAAGGUAACUCUGAAGCCACCAUCCACACCUGGACCCACUGUGCUUUUACAACAGAGCCAGCUCUGCCUGGUCUUUCGCCCACUCUGAGCUAUCCUUCCUGGAGCCCUCCCUCACUGCUUCCCUCAUCCGUCAGAUGCAAUCUGUGGGCCGCCCCUCUCCCCUGGCCGCUAAGCAGCCUCCAUUGAUUUCCGCUCGUGUUUAUAGGAUUUCCACUUAGCCGUGAUCAGUAGUUAAGCACAGGAAAAUCCCUUGCCACCCCCCCUCCCUUGGUCGAUGCCAUUGAUUCUGCCAGAGGCUCUGAAGCCGCCUUACAGCUGAGUUAGAGAUGAGGGGAAACAGCAGGGAUUUCCCUGCCUUGGGGAAGAGUAAGAAGGCGGGGCGAUGGUUGGGAACUCCUUAAGGGAUCUAGAAAUUCUGGGCCUGCCACUGGAGGGUAUAGUGCCCUGUGUUGCAGUUUAGAGAUACAUUUGCUCUCCAAUCCAAAGAGGGGUAGAAAGAAAAUGGUCAUUGUUGAGACAGGUUCCUAGGGCUUCAGGAAGUCAUACUUCCUGUGGAGAAGGCUCCACCCUUGCUCCUACACAUUUUUUUUCUCUCUCAACUAGGUCAAAAUAGGCCUUUCUGCCCUCCUCAUGCUUCAGAGACUUUAUUUGUUGGGGAGGAGGCAGGCUCUCCAUAUUGUGGUGACAAAUAUAGGGUCUGAGUGCCACCUGCUGGUAGACCUCAGGGCUGUGUCCCAAGCUGAGGGCGCAGAAAGAUUUCAGAUGAGCUGAGGUAGUUAUGAGGCGGGCAAGCUUAGCAGCCUGAGACUCCACUUGGUCUGAGCUGUGCAUGCCUCUCAUCUAACUGCCGCUUGGCAUCCUGGGAUCCUCAGCUGCAUGCACCCUGUACACACAUUCUUCUAACAGUGCACCCACCUGUAUUGAGUAGCACUUAUGUCCCGCUUUAGACAGUAAGUAAAUCUCUCUCUCCCCAGCAGCCAUCAAAAACUCCCCUUUUGUGGAGAGUUUUAUUCAAAUACUUUAGAACAUACCCCAAAGUAGGGAGCUGAUUAGGCCUAGACUGGUUUUGGGUGCAAGCACAGUAAGAUAAACUGUUCUUUGGGUGAACUUUUAAGGAGAACUCCCUAUUGACCAUCCUAUGCCUCUGCAGAAUGAGUUAGUAUAUGAUUAAAAUCAGUUGCAUCAUGGGAAGGGUCAUGCACAGUGAGGAAAGACUUACAGAAUCCAUGUCUGUCAAUGAAAAUAGAGAAUCAUUCAAUUUCAUGCCACUUUGCAGCUAACACCUCCUUUCCCUUGGAUACUGGUCAUCCCCAUCUGCAGUGCAUUUCUAAUUUGUAUCAUCACUUUGCUUUUAAAUAAAGUUUCCUUGCUACUUUGUAAUUUA